AUGAGGAACUGGGCGAUCGAAGACCUUCCCAGUUCUUACGACAUUUACAGUAGACUACCAUCGUCUACACAGGCUAUUCUAGCUACUCAAGCUAAAGCUAGUUUGGACGCAGUUGCCGAGCUAGCUGACACAAUAUCUGAAGCUAUAGCUCCUAGGGCCCAAAUUUCAGAAGCUUCUAACGCUCUUGAAAGCACCAGUGAUAAAUUGACAGCCGAAUUAGCCGACAUGAAAAUCCAGCUAGCUAGCUUGUCGCAGGCUCAAGCACAAACACGUCGCAACCGCAGCAACUCAAGACGCAGACCAUAUCCGAGAGACAGUAGCUACAGUAGGGAACAUAAUAGUGACAUAUUAUGUUGGUAUCACUACCGUUUUGGUGACCAGGCUCAAAAGUGCUCUCCUCCGUGCAAGUAUCAGGGAAACAUCGCGGGCAGUCGGUGA